AUGUUGACCGGCCUGUUGGGGAUGGCAGUCAGUGUGAUCUUGUUCGGAUUGCAGAAGACCUAUCUUGGCUUGAUCAUCUCCAGGUUUCUCGCCGGCAUGAUGAAUGGUAACGUUGCCGUCCUACAGAGUAUUGUAGGCGAAAUCACCGAUGCAACGAAUUUCGCAGAUGCUGCUGCGUAUUUGCCUUUGUGUUAUGCGAUUGGCAGCAUUGUCGGACCCAUUAUGGGCGGAUACCUAUCUUUACCCGCCCAGCAAUAUCCUAGCUUGUUCGGAGGAUCCGCAUUUCUGAUCGAAUAUCCGUACUUUCUGCCCUGCUUGGGCGGUGGACUUCUGAACUUUGCUGCUAUCAUCAUUGGCUAUUUUUACAUGGAAGAGACACUCGAAACGAAGAGGAAGCGACCUGGCGUGACGUCCUCAGUAAACGACUGUCGAGCAGACUAUGGCACGAUCACCAAUAAUGCCGACGCCAUGGAGCCCACAGAUGUGAUGAUGUCGCCGGUCGCAUUGACAUUUGCAAAGCCCCCGUCGAUCCGCUCCCUUUGUACCCAACCGCUGCUCAUGGUCCUCCUCUCCCUCGGGAUCAUGCACUUCCAAAACACUGCUUGGCAGGCUAUCGUGCCUCUGUAUGGCUACACAAAAAUCGAAAACGGAGGGCUGGGGCUAGGUUUGGACGAUAUCGGAUUCAUGCUCAGUACCAGCGGCUUUGGCAUGAUUGUCGUCCAGCUAUGGGUCUUCCCGGCACUUCAAAGGAGGCUGGGCGCGCUUCGAGUCUUUCAACUGACACUGAUACUCUUCACGAUCUCCACUAUGCUGCCUCCACUAGUCACUUAUAUUGCUCGAUUACCCGGUAACAAGACCUCAUCUACAGUCGCUUACAUGUCAGCCGUCUUGAUGCUGAGAAGUCCAACGACCAUGUGCUAUGAUGUUGGCGCCGAAUACACUAGCUUUUGGCACAUUGAAUGGGAUGACACAAGUACGAAGAAUCUUCAUGACUAUAAUUCCAUCCUCAUCUUGCUCGUUAACUGA